AUGUUUAUUUUAUCAAUUGUUUUUCAACAGAAUUCACUUCAUCAUUAUGAGUUUUGGACAUUGAAUAAUAGUUUACAUUCACCAUGGCCAUCAAUUGAAGUAGACCAACUAGCAAAUUGGUUGAUUGAGAUGAAAUCAAUGAUUGUAAAAAAAUCAUCUACUUUUCCAAAGUCAAUAUGUACAUUAUCACAUUCCUUUUCGUCCAAGUCUUCAUCAUCAUCAUCACGUUCUUCGUAUUCUUCUUCGUCUUGCUCUUUUUGUUCUUCUUGUUCUUCUUGUCCUUCCUCAUCAUCUUCAGAAUUUACUGGACCUAAUGAAGAACAAUUGAAUGGUAAAUGUAAUAAGAAAUCAAAAUGUUGUUUGCUUGACCUUAGAUAUAAACAUAAACUUCCAAAUCAACAAAAAAUGAUCACUUUAUCAAAGUUGAAAAUGAAUCCUCAACAUUUCUUUAUUAUCGAUUAUCGUUAUCCACACGAAUGUAACGCUGGACAUAUUUAUAUUGCUAUUCAUUUAUCAGAUUGGCCUGAACUUUAUAAAUAUUUUUUUGGUAUAAAACGACAAUCUAUUGAAACUACUGAAAUGGAUUUAAGUAACUCAUUAUAUUCAACGGAACAACUGAUUAAACCAAAACUAUCUCAUACUAUAUUUAUAUUAUAUUGUGAAUUUUCUACAAAACGUGCACCACAAUUAUUUUAUCUCUUGCGUAAUCAUGAUAGAGCAUUACAUUUCACUUCAUAUCCUGCAUUAAAAUAUCCAUUUGUUUAUAUAUUACAUGGUGGUUAUUCAACUUUUUAUAAAAAUUAUCCUUAUUUAUGUGAACCUUGUAAUUAUUUACAAAUGCAUAGUAGACCAGAUCUUUUAAGUAUUUGGUAUAAACAUUGUAAACUGGUUAAUAGACAAUCGAUGAAUCCUAAUUCACAAGUAUAUCCUGAUAAAAAUCAUAAUGAAAUGUUAAACACACACACGCGCAUCAAUCAAUCAACGAAUCGACACAUUAAAGUACCACUCAAAAGUAUUACCAAUCUCUUUCAACAAGAAUGA